ACGAGGGACCCCGAGGUCUCUUUGACCGAACCUUGAACCCCUUCAUCAACACCCAAGCCUUCAGUCGCUUCACUAUCAUCUUUACCCGGGAGCAUCGCUGCUCCCAGUGCACCCGUCCACCAUGGCGGACUCUGUGGAUCGGGUGUUCGUCCACGCCCUGAACACCGUCAAGAAAGUCCCAAAGACGGGCGCCGCUCGACCUCCGCCUUCCGACCGAUUACGUCUCUAUGGAUUAUACAAGCAAGCCAUGGAGGGCGAUGUGGAUGGCGUCAUGGAACGUCCCUCAUCCGGCACCGGCGCGCCAGAGGACGAAGUACAACGGGAGCGCGACAAGUGGGAUGCCUGGAACUCGCAAAGGGGCCUGAGUCGGACGGAAAGCAAGAGGAGGUACAUUGAGGCACUUAUCGAGACCAUGCACCGAUACGCAAACACCCCUGAUGCAAAGGAACUUGUCAGCGAGCUGGAAUUCGUGUGGAACCAAAUCAAGAGCAACUCGGAUAGCUCCUCCGACUCUUCACCCAACGCGUCGCGACGCUUCCAGCAACCAGCAAGCGGCUCCGAUGGACCGAUGAAGGUCCUGAGCCCCAUGAGCGAACAAGACGAGGCCGAACUACGUUCUCAACGACAAAUGGAGCUCGAAGACGACGAGGAGGAAGCGGAAACUCAGUCCAACAAGGGAAGUGGACGGUGGCAACGCAAGGUCGAGCGAGCAAUUACGAAUCUGUCAGCCGAGGUUGCCGCGCUCCGAGAGCAGAUCACUGCCGGCAGAGAAUGGCGCUCGAAGAAAGACAAGAGCUUUCCGGCUUGGCUCGGUUGGGUUGUCUGGACAGUGACGAAGCACCUGCUCGUGGACUUUUUCAUCCUCGGUACCGUACUACUGUGGAUGCGCCGACGCAAGGACAAGAGGCUGGAGGAUCUGGUGCGCGCGGCGCUGCAGCUCACACGCGAAUACGUCAGGAAAGUGCUUCCGUCUAGGUGAACGGAUCGAGUACACUACCCUCGCAGUUUCGACGUGAGAUCCGCGUGCUCGCUGUCGCCUGCCUUCGACGAGGAUGACGGCAGCAGUUUCGUGAGCCCAGUUGCGGCCAGGUAUCGUACACAAACCUCGGCACUUCAGCCUACUUGUACACAACUAGAAUCGGACUGCGAUGGGCAAUCCCAAGGUCUCACGCGGCCAGCCUAUCAGCACUUCGCUCUUCGGAGCACAACAUCACCACCGGCAAGGUAGCUGAUGCAGGAAGCAUAGCUACUACCGACAUCGGCAACGUCAUAUGUUUACCUUGGAACCAAUAGGUUCAGGUUGUUUUUAAAAAAAAGCGUGUGGUUAGACACAUUGCCACUUUUAUUCUGUCCAUAUUCUGUUCAUAGAAAGAGCAAUGGUAAAUAUCGUUUGCCUCGAAGCAU